AUGCCGGCGUCGGCAAAGAGAGGCCAGCGCGGCCGGCGCGAUGUGCGCAGCAAGGACAAGGAAAUCGCCGCAGCCGACGUCGAGAGCUCGUCCCCCAGCCGUCCCGCAAAGCGUCGCAAGAGGGCCCGGUCGCCAGACCAAUCCGACACCAGCAACGCAAACGGCGCACCCGCAUCGCAGGCUCCCGAGGCUGAGUCGUCGAGAACCCAAGAUGACCAGCUGGUGGCGCAGGUGACGCAGCAGCUCAAGACGCAGCCGGCCCAGGCGAGCAAGGACCACUCCAACGCCAUCCACGAGGCCAACGGCGACGGUGUCAAGGCAUAUGCCAAGGUGGCGGCGCAGGACUGGACAUACUACAUCACCAAGCUCAACGUCAACAUUGGACGCGCACCAGAAGUGUCGCAUGGCGGGGCAAGCGGCGGCGCUGAAGCAGCCCACGAUGCGGUGCACAUCGACCUCGGCCCUAGCAAGAUGGUGUCGCGCGAGCAUGCAUCCAUCUCCUUCAACUCCAAGGACGAAAAAUGGAUGCUCUACGUCAAGGGCCGCAACGGGGCAAAGGUGGAUGGCCAGCCCGUCAAGGCCCAGACAUCACAUGCCUUGACCAGUGGUGAAGUGAUCGAAAUCGGCAAUGUGGAAAUGAUGUUUGUGCUUCCGUCAGAGCUGAGUGCGCUUCACAUUCACCCUACCUUCCUUCAGCGAUGCGGACGGGCUAUCGGGACGCCAAAGGCCGCCAACGCGCAGAUUCGCCGGUACGGCCUAGACACACCUGGCAAGGUAGACCAGAAGCGACCGGGCACACCGACCUCAUCUCACGGUCGCAACGCUGCGGCGAUUGCAAAGUCCCCGAUCGCAGCGAGCACUCCCGGAGGAAUCCUUGGAGCCAGCGGCGUAGACCUUAGUCUUGACGAUAACCAACACAUUAAGCCCCAGUAUAGCUAUGCGCAGAUGAUCACGCAGGCUAUCCUCAAUGCGCCGGACGGCAAGCUCAACCUCAACGGCAUCUAUAACUUUAUUAUGAGUAGUUAUUCCUAUUAUCGUCACCAACACGCGGCUGGUUGGCAGAAUUCUAUCCGGCAUAAUCUGUCGCUGAACAAGUCUUUCGACAAGGUUGCCCGAACCACCGACGAGCCUGGAAAGGGCAUGAAAUGGCAUAUUGUACCUGAAGCGCGGGACGAAAUGGUCAGAAAUGCGUACAAGAUAGGACGUGGCGGGCACAGAGGGUCAUCGGUGCCGUCAUCGCCGAGCCAACUGAAUUACAUUACGCAUGGCCCCAAAGACAUGCUAGCCAGGGAUCUUCCAUCCGCGCAGAAGCGGCGAGGAUCGCCGCUUGUGUCGCCGCCUCCCCAAUCCUCGCGCCGCGCCAUACAGUCAACGCCAGAUCGCGCAUACGAUCGACAGACCGGCCUGAGCUCAGCCUUGACCGCCGACGGAAGCCCUCUGCCCCGAGCAAGGAAAUCAACGACAACCGACUCGCCGCUGCCCGGCUUCCACCCCCAAUCGCCAACCUUGACAUCGUCGUAUCUGCAAGACGACAACCCAUCGUUUGUCACCCCUGCGCCGCCCAGAGUGCACCCCAAGCUUGCACCCCCGAGCACUGCGCAGCGGCCCAGCCAGCACAUGCCGACAAGCUCGCCGGCGCCGUUUUGGAAAUAUGCCGAUAUUGGCAGCACGCCGCUGAAGCCGAUGGCGCCAUACGAAGUCAGCCCUUCAAGGAUAUCUCGAGAGGUUCCCACACGGAGCAGCAGUCCUCCAACGGUUGGCAAGUCACCGCCAAGCAGUCCAUCUCGACCACAAAAAUCCGGUCAACAAGGGCCUGCAGAUGCUGGCGAUGAAGCCGAAGAGGAACAAGGAUUUGACUUGAUGAAGGGAUUCCAAAGUAUAGGCGCAUAUCACGCUCCAGUAGGGCGAGGCGUUUCAAUCGGCGCUGCCCUGAAAGGCGGUUCAUAA